AUCUACCCUAAUUAAAAAGAAACUUUUAUAAUAAUACUUGAUAGUUCUUGUGAUUCAGAUCUAAAUUCUACAGAUGAAGUCCACAUGAUAAACGAGCAAAUCUUUCUCCUUUCAUAUACAUGCACCUUUCACCAUCUUCGUUUCAGCUUCAGGGUUUGCCAGAGGUAUUUCAUGAUUCUGGGAGUGCUCUGUCAUAGUAUUCCAUCAAUAUUUGGGUUGGCGUAGGCUUUGGAUUUGAAUUAAAGAAUCAACUUUUAAGGAUACUUCUAUUGUGUGGAAUUGGGGAUUUUUGAGUGGUUUAAAUAUGGGGGAGAAACAUUUUAUGAAGGAAGAGGAAAGGGUUAUUAUGGAAGGGAUAUUAGGUAGAGAAGCUGUAGAAUUUUUCACUUGGUCAGCUUCGAAUAGCAUGCUCACGGAAUUUACUUCGUCGAGAGGAGAUUUGGGAGUACAGCAGGCGCUUUGCAAGAUUGUCGAGGGGUUUGAUUGGACUUAUGCAAUCUAUUGGCAAGUUGCAAAGUCGAAAUCGGGAAAAUCAGCUUUAAUAUGGGGUGAUGGACAUUGCCGAGAAGCAAAGAUGGGGCAGAGUGAACCCGGGAAUGAUUCCCAGCAUCAGAAAGUGAUGGAUGGAAACAAGAAAAAACUUGUUCUUCAAAAGAUUCACACUUGCUUUGGAGGGUCAGAAGAUGAUAAUAUUACUGCCAAGUUGGAUUCUGUCUCGGACGUGGAGGUGUUUUAUCUCACGUCAAUGUAUUAUGUCUUCCCUUUUGAGAAGCCUUCUAGUCCUUCUCAAUCAUUUAAUUCUGCUAGAUCAAUAUGGGUUUCUGAAGUAAAAGGUUGCUUAGAACAUUUCCAAUCAAGAUCUUAUCUAGCAAAAUUGGCUGGAUUUGAGACACUAGUAUUUGUUCCCCUGAAAUCAGGGGUCGUGGAGCUAGGUUCUCUAAAGUCAAUUGCAGAAGAUCAGAAUUUGAUUCAGAUGGUGAAAACAUCGGUGGUGGUAUCUAAUCCUCCACAGCCUAAAGCAAUUCCAAAGAUAUUUGGGCGGGAACUCAGUCUCGGUGGUUCUAAGUCGGGUCCCAUCAGCAUAAAUUUUUCUCCAAAGGCGGAAGAAGAUCUGAGUUUUGCUUCAGAUACUUACGAAGUACAAGCAGCGCUAGGUAGUUCUCAAGUUUAUGGAAACUCAUCGAAUGGGUAUCGAAGCGAUGAAGGUGAAGGGAAACUUGAAUUAGAUGAACGGAAACCAAGAAAGAGAGGCAGAAAGCCGGCCAAUGGGAGAGAAGAAGCAUUGAAUCAUGUUGAAGCAGAGAGGCAGAGGCGUGAGAAGCUUAACCAGAGGUUUUACGCUUUAAGAGCAGUUGUUCCAAAUAUCUCAAAGAUGGAUAAAGCAUCGCUGCUUGGAGAUGCAAUUGCAUAUAUAACGGAUCUUCAGGCUAGAAUUAGGGUUUUAGAUGCUGAGAAGGAGAUGGUAAACGACAAGCAAAAGCAGCAGACUCCCCUGGAAAUUGAUUUUCAUCAAAGACAAGAUGAUGCAGUUGUAAGAGUAGGCUGCCCUUUGAAUGCUCACCCUGUUUCUAGAGUUCUGAAGACAUUUCAAGAACAUCAAAUAGUGGCACAAGAAUCCAAUGUCUCAUUAACAGAAAACAGUGAAAUCGUCCACACAUUCUCUAUACGAGCUCCUGGUGGUGCUGCUGAUAAUUUGAAGGAAAAGCUGACAGCUGCUCUAUCCAAAUGAUUUAGGUGUUUAAAAAAUAAGGUUAGUUAUAAUAUGUACGUUGUUUGUAGUAUAAUGCAAGCUGUUUCUCAUUAAGGAACUGGUGAUCCAUAUCAGAGUGGUCAGAUGUUGUCCUUUCCUCGAUUUGUCAUGUAUGAGCAUCAAUAUCUAGCUCGUAAGUUUGCAUUAUAUUUUGCAGACUACAUAAUUAUAUAUGUUUAAUUUGAUGAGAAUCAUAUCUGCGAUGAGAAUUUGAAGGACAUACUAGCAGCUGCUCUUUCCGACUGAUUCAGGUGUUUCAAGACGAUGUCACUCAUGCUGUGUAUGUUUGUCGUUAAUGCAAGUAAAUUUCUUGUUAACUGGUGAUUAGUAUCAGAGUGUUCAGAUUAUUAUACAUUCGUCGA